GAGGGACAGUGUAGGAACGCUGGCAUGAUGAGUCAGUGAAGAAACUUCAUUGCAGGUCCGGCGAGGACGCGAACUCGUCGUCGCGCCGGCAGGUCAAGCCCACUGGUCCAUUCGCGGGCACGCCGAACUUCCAGGAUUUCCUUGUACAGAGCAGGGCUACGCAGAAGGGGUCGAUGAUAAUCGGCGAUUAUGAGGCGGAAACCUCUCGUCACCAUCUACUCUCCUCUCGGGCCUUUAAAGGCGCCCAGCACGUCCCCCGGAGACCGCAGUCAUUCACUCGGACCCUGUUCAACUGUGCGCGGCUCCUUUCCAGGCAACCUUGCAACCUCGCAGAAAAUGAAGACUGCCCUAAUUAUCCUCGCCGUUGUAACCUUUUCGCUGGUCAUCUCUGCCGUGGACUGCGGUGGCGAGGAACAUAGGAAAAAAAGCGAGAAACUUAAGCAAUGCCUUGAAGGAAGCGACGUAGAGGCUAAGAAAGGACGCAUAAUUAAGGCCAUCAAGAGCUGCAAGGAAGGAGGCAAAUCGAAGGAGGAGUUCAAGACAUGCUUCAUAGAGAAACUCGAAUUAUCGGAGGACGAAAAGAAAUGCAUCGCUGCUGAGCAUGCUUAGAAUACCAGAGACGAUAAAAACCCAGUCCAUGUGUACCGGAGCUGGAACAACGUAGACAUGCUUCAAUAAAACAGCCAAUUGGUGAAAAA